CGGAAUCGGAAGUCGGAAGUUGUAACAUUUCAAGAUGGUUGACGAAGCGACGAAGAAAACUCUUGCGAAAAUUCCAUUACUCAAAACAAAAGCUGGUCCUCGAGAUGGGGAGCUAUGGAUCCCCAGAUUGAAAGAAGAAUAUCAAGCAUUGAUUCAAUAUGUGCAAAACAACAAAGAGAGCGACAAUGAUUGGUUCCGCCUGGAGUCCAACAAGGAAGGGACUCGUUGGUUCGGCAAGUGCUGGUACAUACACGAGCUGCUCAAGUAUGAAUUCGACGUCGAGUUUGAUAUUCCAGUGACGUACCCGACGACAGCGCCAGAGAUCGCUCUGCCAGAACUGGACGGGAAGACGGCCAAGAUGUACAGGGGCGGGAAAAUCUGCCUGACCGAUCACUUCAAGCCUCUGUGGGCCAGAAAUGUGCCCAGAUUUGGCAUAGCCCACGCCAUGGCUCUCGGGCUGGGCCCGUGGCUAGCAGUGGAAAUCCCCGACCUGAUCCAGCGGGGCGUGGUCACUCACAAGGAAGCAGACGCAAAGUCAGCGGACAGCUGAUACAGACCCACCACCUAGUGCAAUUUCUUUUGUUGAUUUUUGUAAAUUUGCAAUGACGUCGUGAAUGUGUUUGGGAAAUGUCUGUUCUUUUUCUGUGGGCAGUUCAUCUUGUUGUGAUACCAGUUAAGCUUGAUUGAUUCAAGAAACCUGUACCGUACCGGUACUCCGUUUUUUUGAAAGAAAUGAAAAGAAAAAAAAUGAAUACACUAUUUUUUCCUUCUA